ACAACCACAAAAUAAAACCCAGAAAUUAAAAAUAAUAAUACAUAAAGCUCUCUCUAGAAUUAAGGCGAAUGAUGGAUCGUUUACUGGGUCUUCUGAGAGUUCGGCUCCUGAGAGGAGUGAAUCUUGCAGUUCGUGAUGUCAGAAGCAGUGAUCCUUAUGUGAUUCUUAGAAUGGGCAAGCAGAAACUGAAGAGUCGAGUAAUAAAAAGAAAUGUUAAUCCAGAGUGGAAUGAAGACUUAACUCUUUCCGUGGAAGAUCCUUUUAUACCAGUCAAACUUGAAGUUUACGAUAAAGACAGAUUCAGCGCUGAUGACCCAAUGGGCAACGCAGAAUUUGACAUUCAACCAUUCGUGGAGGCUGUGAAGAUGAAUGUCGAAGGUGUUCCAAAUGGCACCAUUAUAAAGAAGUUGAUGCCCAACAGAACUAACUGUUUGGCCGAGGAGAGCCCAAUCUAUGUAUCUGAUGGAAAAGUCGUUCAGGACAUUGUACUUAGGCUAAGGCAAGUGGAGUCAGGUGAAGUUGAACUGAGGCUAGAGUGGGUCAGUAUACCAGGCACCAAGGGCUUUAAGACCUAAACAUGUCCGUUUCUUCAGAUGAGAAGUUUGUGCUGAAUAAGUUCAUAUUUGUUGAGUAUAUGAGCUUGUGAUGUAGUGAUGUAUAGUGAACAAGUAGAACUUGAUGAACUUGUGGACAAUAUUGAAGACUUGAACCUAUUAUGAACGUUUGCUUGAGGUCGAUGAUGUUCUACAAGCUAUUUCUCUCUUGAAAAAAAAGUAAGUUUAGA